CCCUCCAAAAAAGCGUUAGUGACCGUAGAAGAAGAAAGCUGCCAUAUUGCAGUGAGACAGCGAGUUUUCUAGAUCUACGGUUUUUGUCCUCUUUUGUGUUUCAAAAAUGCUUUCGGCUCAGACUUUUGGAGAUCCUGGGAAGAUGAAGGAUUAUCAUUAUACUGGCCCAGUAGAGCACAGGUUUUCUCCUUACGCCUUCAACGGAGGAACUGUACUAGCUGUUGCUGGCGAUGAUUUUGCCAUUGUAGCAUCAGACACCAGGCUCAGCGAAGGCUACUCCAUCCACAGCCGAGACUCUCCCAAAUGCUACAAGCUGACAGACACGACUGUCAUAGGCUGCAGUGGUUUCCAUGGCGACUGUCUAACUCUGACAAAAAUAAUUGAUGCUAGACUAAAGAUGUACAAACACUCAAACAACAAGACCAUGACCAGUGGAGCUAUUGCAGCCAUGCUGUCCACCAUCCUGUACGGCAGGAGGUUCUUUCCGUAUUACGUCUACAACAUUAUCGGGGGACUGGAUGAGGAAGGCAAAGGAGCUGUGUACAGCUUCGACCCAGUGGGUUCCUACCAGAGAGACACCUACAAGGCUGGAGGAUCAGCCAGUGCCAUGCUACAACCGUUGCUAGACAACCAGAUCGGAUUUAAGAACAUGGAGGGUGUGCAACAUGUUCCUCUGACUAAGGAAAAGGCGGUUCAGCUGGUUAAAGAUGUCUUCAUCUCGGCCGCAGAGCGAGAUGUUUACACCGGAGAUGCCCUUCGGAUCUGCGUCAUCACUAAGAAGGGCAUUGAUGAGCAGACACUACCACUGAGGAAGGACUGAGGAGGAGAAAUGUUUCCAGCAUCCAUUAGUUUCCUCUUGGCUUUGUUUAACAUUCACUCUGCUGAUUUAAUCUGUAUACAUCAAGUUUCUCAUCUUAGGAGUCGAUCGUGAGGUUUAUUAAAGUCGCCUCUUAAGUUUGAAUUAAACUGCUGUCAGAGAAUCAUCAUUUCUAUCAACUUUCAGCCCGAUUCUGAGAAACCCGGUUAUUGCUCACCUAGAGUCCGCCUCUCUUUUUCUUUUUGCAGGGAAGUAUGCUCAGCUCUCUUUUUACAUUCUUAAUAAAUAUAAACAAAAG